AUGAUUGAUAUAAAGUGGAUGAAUGACACUUGUGGAAGUUGCGAGUUCUGCGAUGAUGGCGAUCAGCCACUCUGUCCCAGUGCCAAGAUUUCUGGCUACACUGUCAAUGGCACAUUUCAGCAGUAUUGCGUUUGUAAAGCAACGAAUGCUGUCCGUAUACCGGACGAGAUUUCUUUGGAUGAAGCCGCCCCUAUUCUUUGUGCUGGAGUGACUGUAUACAAAGCACUGAAAGAAAGCAACCUCAAGCCAGGACAGAUUGUUGCUGUUGUUGGAGCCGGCGGGGGUCUUGGUACACUCGCUUGUCAGUAUGCUAAAGCACUUGGAUAUCGUGUACUCGCCCUUUCGGCAGGGUCCAGCAAGGAAGCUAUGCUGGUGAAGGAGAUUGGAGUUGACUACUUCGUGGACUACAUCGCCUCUCAAGAGCGUCUAAUUCCUGAAAUUCAGGAACUUACAAGGGGUGGACCUCAUGCUGCUAUUGUGGUCGCAUCAGUGGAGAGGCCAAUUGGUCAAGCAAUUCAGUACAUCCGACCAAAAGGAACCGUCGUUGUUGUUGGUCUGCCUAAGAAUGCUAUCAUCAAGGCCGACUUGUUUUCUACGGUCGUAAAGCAAAAAAUGGUGAAGGGUUCUUACGUUGGCAGUUCUAUUGAGACCGAAGAGGCACUGGCAAUCUAUGCGAAUAAUCGCUUUCGCAUUCAGUAUCAAAUAACCUCCCUUGAAGAACUCCCUACGGUCUUUGAGAAAAUGGAACAAGGCAAGAUGCAGGGAAGAACUGUGCUGAAAAUUCCUAGUCCCGAGACCGUGGUCAAUGGUUCAAUAGGGAUAAGCCCAAAAUUUACUCCCAGCGAAUAUAACAUGGGGACAUUGCUGGCAUCGCGCCUGGAAGAGAUUGGGAUUAGGGAUUAUUUCGUCGUUCCCGGGGACUUUAACCUGACUCUCAUCGACCAGAUUUUGAAAAACCCCAACCUGCGGAUGGUGGGUUGCUGCAACGAAUUGAAUGCCGGCUAUGCUGCCGACGGGUACUCGCGAUCAUCUCCAGCUCGGACCGCAGUUGUGUUUGUCACCUUUAUGGUCGGAGGGCUCUCGCUGCUCAACGCAAUUGCCGGCGCAUAUUCUGAACGACUGCGGGUCAUCGUCAUCUCCGGAGCUCCUCCAUCUGACACAUUUGGACAGGAUGAUUUGAUUCAUCAUACCACGGGGCUGAAAGAGCGAGACCAGGCAAUCCGGAUGUUUGAACAUGUGACUACGGCUUCCGUCCGUCUAGAUCCCAAAGCAGAUCCAGCAUUUGUCCUGGAUCAGGCACUUCUCCGUUGUCUUGAGAACUCGCUCCCGGUUUAUAUCGAGAUCCCAGCCAAUAUUGUCGAGUACCCUUGUGACGCUCCCAAACCGCUCAUUCUCCGGCAACCACAAGUAUCUCUACCUAGUGUUCUUAGGGAUACAUUGGAUCUCUUCACCAGCUACUGGCAGGACGCGCAGAGCCCGGUGAUACUUGUUGGUCCACUUGCACGACACAGCCUAACCCGGGAUACUCUGCUUUCUGUUAUCGAGAAGUUGGGAUGCCCCGUGUUCUGUCAACCUGACGCCAAGUCCAUAGUCCCUGAAGUACAUCCCCAAUUCCAAGGGACUUUUUGGGGGUCUAUUUCAGACUCAGCAUGCCUGGAUGUGAUGAUGGGUGCUGACUUAUGGGUUGGGAUCGGGACACGUUCGACCGAUUAUAACUUGGUGAAGGGGCCCACACCCCCGCUUAUAGAUCUAAGCCUAGAUCAUCUUCGGGCACCGAAUGGCAGUUUGAUCGGUCCCGCCACAAUGGCUGAUCUAUCGGGGUGUAUUGUCGCUUCCAAUCUCACCAGCUACUGCAUGAAGAGCAACGGUUCCGCCAGCCAUGCGGAAGACCCCCCGAAAUGGAUAGAUAUGCAAACUUCUAUUAGCCAGCCCCUCACGAGGGCAGGAAUUUUGAAGGAAAUUCAGUCCUUACUGCUACCUAAUGACACCUUGAUAGCGGAAACCGGUGACAGCUGGUUCAAUGCGCAGAUGAUUAAACUCCCCCCGGGGUAG